AUGUCGAGUGUCCUGGAAGACUUUGGUAACGUUCUUGAUUCAAGUCGUUGUGGGUAUUGUGGUGACAAUGAGCAAUGUACAGAUAAUACUGAAGGAGAGCGCUGCGGGAGUCUCGCAGCGCAUACCGAGCGUCGAAGGCGGCGUCUCCGGGGAGCGCUGUGGGCGCAUCGCCUUCGCCUCGAGGACUACCGCGUGCUCAUGGACCAUGGUUGGCGCCGUUCUGGUUGCUUCUUGUAUUAUCCAGAUAACGAUCAUGGGUGCUGUCCACAGUACGCUGUUCGAGUGCCGCUAUGGGAUUUUGAACUGACUCGCUCUCAACGACGCGUGCUGCGACGCUGGCAAAACUUUGUCUCGGUGCAAGGCGACCUCGCAGAACGUUGUUUCAUUUUCUACGGUUUGACCAUUAGCUCCAAUUUGGAGAGCGCGAAACCAUUACCUAGCGCAAAGCUGAACAAGACCGAACUGCAGCCUGUGGCCCCAAAACCCGUUGAUGACCGUCUGGAGCAGUUGCGAAUACACCUGGAACCGUCUCUGCAGCGAGUCCCGGUGAAAAGACGGCAAGUGAGUGGAGGCGCCCAUUUCACCACCGCCAUCGCCUGGAAACUCGCUUACGAGCAUCGAACUUUUGUGACGCAAGAAGCAGAGCAACUCGCAGCCCGUCUCUGGGAUCGAGGUGCAGCUCAGUUGGGGAUCACCAGGAUGGAGGUCUCCAACGGACACGUGAACCUUUACGAUAGUCUGACGCAGAGCGCUACAGAGACGGAAUGCCGAAGCUCCAGGAAUCCAUGCGCUCGUGCGGAACUGCCCGAUAAACCCAUUCGCUCGAAACCGGUACUCCGGAUGGAGUUGCUCCCAGCAGCGUAUCGCGAGGAUGCUUUUCAUUUAUAUUGCAAAUAUCAACGGCGGGUCCACGGCGACACAGACGAAGAGCUCAAGCCAGAUCGAUAUAGUCGUUUUCUCGUCGAGCAUCCUUUUCACGACGACGGAAAAGGUCGGCGACUCGGUGUCUCCCAUCUCCAUUUUUACAUCGAUGAUGUGCUUGUCAUUGUGAGCGUUCUCGACAUGCUACCGGGUUAUUUAUCGAGCAAGUACUGUUUCUACGAUCCUGACCUUCCGUCUCGUUUAUCGCCUGGCAUAUUUGCCGCGUUAUGUGAAAUCCAACUGGCAUGGACACACCUGGGCGCCAGUCAUUAUUACCUUGGGUACUACAUCCAUAGCUGUAGCAAAAUGCGGUACAAGGUCUCCUUUCGCAAGGCGCAACUUCUUUGUGGUCACUGCUUUCGAUGGCAACCGUUCGCGAAUGUUGCUCGUGACGCUCUCGAUCGGGACGAGCAUUGCGUUGGCUUCUGCAAUAGAUCCAGAGCAGCUACGGCUACGGAUGAUGCGAACGGUGCUCCUGGUGUUGGCGUUCGUGGUGUGGAGGAGCGUCAUUCACGAGCCGCCGACGCCCGACUCGAGAAAGUCUUGGUUUGGCUGCUGGACGCUUCGGGUUGCUCCGCGGCAUUGGCACCACAGCCGUUGUCGAGCGUGGAAACCGUCGAGCUCAGGGAGCGAAUCCGUGCGGCUCUGCAGCGCUUGGCCGCAAUGGUUCCUCCCAGCUUCUUGGAACGAAUCAUAUACCUUCCGCCAAGGCAGGUGUUUUCCUAG